UUAACCAGAAACCACAAGUGAGAAAGCAAGCCCCAAAAAGCGAGCGAGUAUGUCACUGCUAGGUGCAGUGUCUCCAGGCCGCAGAGAGAAAAGGACCUUGGGGUCUAGAAGUGCAUGGUGGGCAAGAAAGAAGAAGAACCCUACGAAGGUGGUGGGCUGGUGACCUAGGGAGUGUUUCAGAAAGGCAGUUAGUGCCGGAGAGCCGAAGGGAAGCCAAUGAAGCUUGCCCAGCCCCUGGAGAUUUCAGCCAUGCCCCAUAGUUCUGACAGCAGUGACUCCAGCUUCAGCCGUUCACCUCCACCCAGCAAUAAACAGGAUUCCUCAGAUGAUGUAAGGAAAGUUCAGAGAAGGGAGAAAAACCGUAUUGCAGCUCAGAAGAGUCGACAAAGACAGACACAAAAAGCAGACACAUUACAUUUGGAGAGUGAAGAUCUAGAGAAACAAAAUGCAGCUCUCCGCAAGGAGAUCAAGCAAUUGACAGAAGAAAUGAAAUAUUUCACCUCCGUUUUGAGCAGCCAUGAACCCCUGUGCUCCAUCUUGGCCACCACAUCCCCAUCACCCCCUGAAGUGGUCUAUGGAGCCCACGCCUUCCACCAGCCCCAUGUCAGCUCCCCACGAUUCCAGCCUUGAUCCUACCACCAUGGAAGGAGCAUUAGAGACUCCACUAUUCAAUUGCAGAGAUUCUUCCCUAGGAUUUCCAGUGGGAGAGUCCACAGAACACACAAAGUUCUGGUGAAGGGAAAAUGAACUGUUUUUGCAAUGGCAGCCUCGUUCAUCUCCUGCUGAAUUCUCUCCUCUCUCUAGAAAAAAGGAGGUGGAGAAUGGGGUAUAGAAGACAGGAAUGACUGAUGGGUGCCAACAUGGAACACCAGAUGUGUGCCCAACACAGUGCAUAUCUAUACCUUCCUCUGGAGAUAUGACCCAUGACAACCGUAUUGCCAGAUCUGAGACAAUAGCACAGAGAUUUAUUUUUCUAAAUAAAAGUUAAAAGAAGUGAAUUUCAAAAAGGAUAAACCCUUUUGAUUUUCUGAUCACAAAGUUUCUUCUCAAAUAGACUAAGUUCCGUUCACUUCUGAUAUUGUAUCCCCCAAUGAUUUCUGAUGUGUAUAGCAGGUGCUUGAAUAAUGCUUAUUGAUUGAUUGAUCUACUCCACUUUCAAGAGAACAUUCUCAUCUUGGCAAAUAGCUGUUACUCAAUCAGGAAUUCAUUACUGAAAUUAAUGUAGGUUUUCUAGUGGUUCCCAGCCUUUAGGAUUGGGACAUUGUAUUCUCACGGGGGACACGCAAAUCUAAUAAGCAAACAAGCAAUGUACUGAUUGAAUAAAUGUCACACACACACACACACACAUCACACACUCAGCACAGAUAUAUAAUAUACAUUUAACAAAUACAAGGUAUCUGAAAAAUCUUAGUGCAAAAGUGUUAAGCUACAAAGCCUCCAAACUACACUAAGACUUUUGAGAUGCCCUGUAUAUUAUUCAUAUAUUACAUUUUUACCUGUGUAGGUACAUGUCAUUUCAAAGAGUCCAGGAUCAUAUGUGAACAUUCCUUCCAUCCAUUCAGAUCACAACUCAUCCGUAUGCCUCGUUAUCCUAUUUGAGUCUUGGUUGGUGUUUUCCCAUAAAAUCUCCCCACAAGUCCUUGGUAGUGAAUCUACCAAAUAUGUUAUUUCAUAGGAACCCCAGCAACACUGAGACUGUCAAUAUGCAGUCCCUCACUUUCUCUAUGUAACAGGCCCAUCUCCUUUCUGGACCACACAUCUUCUGAUUAUUACCUCUUAGGUCACUUUUUGUUCCUAGAGUACAUAGAUGUCCACUGGAAAUAUUAAGCCUCUGUAAUAUUAAAUGCCUCUCCAUUGUACUUCGGAUUGGUUGAAGCUUUUAGUUUUAAAGUUUCUGGUGCAUGAGAUCAUUCUUAAUUGAUAAGAACAAUGGUAAAGAUAAUGGACUGUAAUAAUUAGCAUCAAGCAAGGAAGAAAAUGAACAUCCAUGAUUGCCAAAGGUGUUCAUCACUAUUAUUAUAAUGACUGACACUUAUAUAAUAGUUUAAUGUUUACAAAAUAUUUCUCAUACUUCACCAGACCUCUAAGAAAGGUAGAUAGGGGCCAAAAGGUUUUAUUAUAACCAUUUUACAGGUGUAGAAGUCAUGUUAUAACUGUCCAAGUAGGGUAUACAAGUAUAACUCUAAAUAGUUAUGUUAGUAGAAUCAGAGAUAGAUUCAAACUCAAAUUCCUCCUGAUUCCAAGUCAAGACUGCUUUCCAAUAUUCUAAUUAUCUCUUGAUCCAUCAUAGAAAAUAUCUUCUUAUAUUCCAGAUGGGAAAGAGAUUCUCUAAAGGUGGUGAGAUCCUCCAGGUGCUACUGAAAAUUGUAUCAGUAAUUGUAUCAGGUCCUAAGUUCUAGAAUUUCAAGACCUCCUCAAUUAUUCUUACAUAAUUACUCAAAAGAGAUUGGUUUAAUAAUCCCUACAAGGAAUUAGUAUUUUUCAAAUGUGUGCAAAUGCUUUUUUGAAUAAUAAAAUACAAAUGAGUUUAAAAGUA